CGUCUGCUCGGCUCCGAGGCGCGGCGAGAAGUGCCGCCGCCGCCGUGGCCCGAGGCUAUCCUGGGGUCUCCUGCUAGUGGAAUUCAGAACACAAUUGGUUCUGUAGGUACAGACCAACAGAACGCCACUUCUUUAAGUAACCCAAACCCCAUAGACCCCAGCUCCAUGCAGCGGGCCUCCACUGCCCUCGGACUCCCCUACCUGAACCAGACGCAGCCGCAGCCUCAGGUUCCCGGCCAGCAACCAGCACAGCCUCAAACUCACCAGCAGAUGAGGACUCUCAACCCCUCGGGAAAUAACCCAAUGAACAUUCCAGCAGGAGGAAUAAUAACCGAUCAGCAGCCACCAAACUUGAUUUCACAAUCAGCUCUUCCAACUUCCCUCGGGGCUACAAACCCGCUGACGAGUGACGGCUCCAGCUCCGGAAACAUCGGCGCCCUCAGCACUAUACCCACAGCGGCACCUCCUUCCAGCACUGGCGUCCGCAAGGGCUGGCACGAACACGUCACUCAGGACCUGCGGAGCCACCUCGUGCACAAACUCGUGCAAGCCAUCUUCCCCACGCCUGACCCCGCAGCCCUGAAGGAUCGCCGCAUGGAGAACCUGGUAGCCUACGCCAAGAAGGUGGAGGGGGACAUGUACGAGUCUGCCAACAGCAGGGAUGAGUACUAUCACUUACUCGCAGAGAAAAUCUACAAGAUACAAAAAGAACUAGAAGAAAAGCGGAGGUCGCGUCUACACAAGCAGGGCAUCUUGGGCAGCCAGCCGGCCCUACCAGCGCCUGGUGCCCAGCCCCCUGGGGUGCCACAGCCACAGCCCGUGAGACCUCCAAAUGGACCCAUGCCCCUGCCGGUGAACCGCAUGCAGGUGUCUCAAGGGAUGAAUUCAUUUAACCCGAUGUCCUUGGGGAGCGUGCAGCUGCCACAGGCUCCUAUGGGACCGCGCGCGGCGUCCCCCAUGAACCACUCUGUCCAGAUGAACAGCAUGGGCUCCGUUCCAGGGAUGGCCAUCUCUCCGCCCCGCAUGCCCCAGCCUCCCAACAUGAUGGGCGCGCACACGGGCAGCAUGCUGGCCCCGGCACCCGCGCAGAGCCAGUUCCUGCCGCAGGGCCAGUUCCCCUCCCCCGGCGGGGCCAUGAGCGUGAACAGCGUGGGCCUGGGGCAGCCGACGACCCAGACCAGCGUGGCGCAGGGGCAGGUGCCUGGUGCUGCUCUUCCCAACCCUCUGAACAUGCUGGGGCCCCCGGCCAGCCAGCUGCCUUGCCCUCCCGUGACACAGUCGCCGCUGCACCCGACGCCGCCUCCUGCCUCCACGGCCGCCGGCAUGCCGUCUCUGCAGCACCCCGCCGCGCCGGGGAUGACGCCCCCCCAGCCCGCCGCUCCCACCCAGCCGUCGACUCCCGUGUCGUCUUCCGGGCAGACUCCCACCCCGACUCCCGGCUCAGUGCCCAGUGCCAGCCAAACCCAGAGCACCCCGACAGUCCAGGCAGCAGCUCAGGCCCAGGUGACCCCGCAGCCUCAGACCCCAGUGCCGCCCCCCUCCGUCGCCACCCCUCAGUCAUCCCAGCAGCAGCCGACGCCUGUGCACGCCCAGCCUCCUGGCACGCCGCUUUCCCAGGCAGCAGCCAGCAUUGAUAACAGGGUCCCCACACCAUCUUCCGUGGCCAGCGCCGAAACCAACUCCCAGCAGCCGGGACCCGACGCGCCAAUGCCGGAGAUGAAGGCCGAGGUCAAGACCGAGGAUGCCGAACCCGACGCCAGCGAGCCCAAGGGGGAGCCCGGGUCCACGAUGAUGGAAGAGGACUUGCAAGGAUCUGCUCCAGCCAAAGAAGAAACGGACCCCGCAGAGCCGAAGCCAGAAGCGAUGCAGGUGGACGAGAAGAAGCCGGAGGUCAAGGCGGAAGCCAAGGAGGAGGAGGAGAGCAGCUCCGGCGGCGCGGCCUCCCAGUCCACGUCUCCCUCCCAGCCCCGGAAGAAAAGUAAGUUGUCUCCCCUUGGACGUGCCGCGUCGCGCUGCUUCUCUGUCAGGUGCUGACGCCGCCCCGAAGCAGACGGUCCCUCCCCCCUUCAUCUGCCUCUCCCGCCGUUCCCCGAGUGGUGCCUCGUCAGAAAUGACGGCAGCGAGCUAGACCCCAGCCUGAGAACCUGUGGAGUCUGUGGUGGGAAGGAGAAGCCAGAUCCGGCCCGGGACGGGGGCGUCCUCCGAAGCGCCUCCGACCGCGGGGCGGGGGGCAGGAGCACCUGCUGCCUCCGGAGCAGGCGACGAGCUGGGCGGGGUGCUCGGGCGCUGUCCCCGGCCUGCACCCGUUCCUCUGAUCGGAGCAGGACGCUGAGUGCCAGGGUGGGGGCGAGCCCCAGUGACCCGGUGCGCAGGACGGGGGUGAGUGUUGAGGUAUGCGGGGUGAGCUUCAUUGACCCUCCCGAGGUUUCCACGGGUGUCGUUUAUCUGUUGGGAUUUUCUGUUAGAAAUUCUUAAAAUAAUUCAUUGAAAAGUAACAAAUCCUUUACAUGGAGCCCAUCAAAAACACAUUUUUAUGAAAAUGACCUUGUCCAGAGCAAAGGUAAUUCGUAAAGGUAGGGACUAAUUUUGCAAAUGGGUGAGUGGAUGCGCACACCGGGCGUCUCCUGUCCGCCUCAGCCUCCGCGCGCCACGGGAGGGCAGGACGCGGCCUCCCGCGGACAGUAGCUGCUACAGGGAAGAGCCUUUUCAGACGAUGGGUGUUCUCUUCCCGGACACCGCACCAAAACUCAGCAAGUGCAAGUGUCUUCCCGUCCAGCUGCGGUGCGAAAUUAGAAUCCGUGUGUCUGUCUGGCACUGAGCGACCUGGUGGUAUUUCUAUGUAGCACCGUCCUUUGGUCACCUGGGAGUCUGGCUCGCUGAAUUGCACGGCUCUUCCAAAGGCUGGCAGACUUCACUGUACGAGGUUUUACACUCACACUGACUAACAGCGCCAUCAUGUCCCUUCCAGACAGUCUUAGAAAUUUUGAGAAGCUGUCACGCUCGUGUGGUAGCUAGAGGUUUCCUGAAAUUUUGAUUUUUGUGAAAGUGCGUAUUUGAUCUUUGCCGCAAUCAACUCUCCUUGAAGUGACUGGCGCACUUUGUUGAUUUUUGAGGAAAUGUCUGCCCCCUGUUCUGAUCAGUCGCGCCUUAGCUCGUCCAUCAGUCCUUUCUGGUUUAUAUGUUCUGGAACAGAAACGAAACAACAUGCCCCUUAGCUCAGCACUCCGCCCCGACUAUGUCAUAAAGCUGCUCUGUGCCACCGCCUGCGUGUCCACCAGCCGGCGGGAGCCAGGGCCGAGGCCUGAAGACAACGGUGGUCGUCACCACUCCUCAAGGGUGUUCGUGGGUGCAGCUGGCAGGCUCCUGGCUUGGCACAGGCUGUGGGGGCAAGGCGGUGGCGGCCUCCCUCACCCUGUACUCCAUGUUCCCGCGGUUGCCAGGCCCCACCUGUCACACGUCAGCGUGGGGCACGAGACGGGAACUACUAGGUGUUGCCCUGAAAAGCAGCUCCGUUAGGACAUAGAUGUGAUUUCCAGGGUGGUGCUAGAACUUCUGCAGUGAUGGAAGGUGUAUCUCCGUUACAGUAGCCCCCGGUGCCAUGUGGCUCUUGAGCACUUGAAAUGUGACAAGCGUGAUGAGAAAUGGAGUUUUGUGUUUUGUGAAGGUUAAUUCACUUCGAUGUAAGCACCGCGUGUGAGGGGCGGCCGCCACGUUAGGCAGCACGGGGCCCGCAGGUGUCCGUGGGCCUGGCCUGAGGUAUUGCCGGCCGAGCACCAGCCUGAGCGUGUGGGUGUUUGGGCCACGGGAGCCAGCGACUUGCUCGGCGCACCCCCUGGCCAGCAGCAGAAAGCUCGACCCCACACAGCUUCCCACUUUGACUCCGUUCAUUUGAGUCUCAUUACAUCUCUGUGGUGCUUCACACAGGGUUGAAAAGGCCUUUUUCUUGGCUUCAUGAGUGGGGCCCAGAGCAGGGUCUGUGUCUGGCUGUGCCCCCACCCGGCCCCGCUUGUUUUCAGAGACUAACAUUUUAAUUUCAUGUCAUUUUUCCCGUGUCAUGAAAUGUUAUUUUCUUUUUUUCCCCUAAAUAUUAGAGAAUGUAAAAGCCAUUCUUAGUUCAUAGGCUGUACGAAAACAGGCCAGAGUUAGCCCGUGGGCCGUGGUUUGCCAGCCCCUGAUCUCGCGACAUGAACAAGCCAUCAAGUAACUUGAGGUAUUGUAAAGAGUUAUUCCAAGACAACCAAAUGCUCCUGGGCCUCUGCGCACCGUGGGCGAAAAGGGGUUAGCAUGUGUUUCACGAGGUUCCCGCAGGGGACUGUCUGUUGGGGGUGUGCUCCCCACAACCUGCCGCCCCAGGUCCACGGCAGCCAGGUGGGGGGUUCCUGGAGAGGAGGUUCAGGAGAGCAGGGCGGGCCUGCUGCUGGCGGCAGCGAGCGUGUGGGAAGAGCACCGGCGCCGCCGUCCCGUCUCUCCCUGCGCAGCGCGUGGCUCCCGCGGCAGCCUGGCGUGUGUGUGCUGCUUCGGUCUGGUUUUUCAAUCGUGGUUUACCAUGUAAGUGUGGUAGGAGCUUCUCAAAAUAGAAAGACUGCCAAGAAGAAAUCUCACGUCCCUUACAACCUGAGUCGUCAAAACUUCACGGCCACGUUUGCCCCUGGUCAGUCUCUGUGGGGGGCAGGGUGGGGGGCGGUGCCGCGACACACUCGCCGCCCACAGCCCACCUCGCUUUCGGGGUGUCCGUGCACGUCCCCGGUCAUCAGGGCUCUUGGGGUCUGAGAGACUGUGAUCGGCAGCCGGAUCGGUGACGACAGAAAGCGCGGUAGGAAGUGGGGUGGCUCGGGGCUGAAGACCUUCCCGCGCACAACGUGGGAGGGAACGACCCAGAACUUGCGGGAAAACUGAUUAUUUCUGUGGCUCUGUUGUGUGUGUGUAGUUUCGAGGUUGUGCUAGAGAGCCGUGUGCCCCUGGUGGCCUGAGCGACCUCCGCCCAGGAGAGCCCUGUCAUCAGCGGGGCUGGGGAAGCCCCUUCCGGGACAGGGUCCAGGACCACAGACGCCAGAGUCUUCUGCGCCUGGCCCGACAACGGUGAGCGCUGGAAGCCCGUUUCCCAUGGCUUCCUAGAUGAGAAAUGACCGCAAACUCGCAUCUCCUGGGUCAUUUGGAGUUCAGUCCGUCUGUCCAUCCACAGGACCUCCUCCAAGCGCUCUCCUGCUGGCCAAAGCACUCCAAAAGCUUGACCUGAUGGGCACUUGCCACGUGGCAGAAGUCUGUGCCCUACAGUUGAUCCCCGAGACUCCCUUGCUUUCUGAUGUUCCCCAACUUUGGCCACAUGAUAAAACAGCAGAUGGAAGCAUGGAUGUUUAAAAUGAUCUUGGAGACGCUGGCGACCACCCAAAGCCUUUCUUUCCAGCGCAGACCAGGAUGCGUAAUAACGCAACAGUCGAUACCACUAUGACAUAAGCAACUUGAACGCUUAUCAGUCACUUAACUACACUAACGUGUAAAAAAAAUCUCGGUAAUCACACACUCCACACGCUUCACUUUCCUGAUAAAGAUACUCAGACCUCAGCUCAUGAGUGCUCGUUAGACACAACCACACACGCCGAGCACGCCCUUAUUAUGAGUGAAAGCAAUUCCCAAGGCAGGUCCUGGGUGAUACGCACGGAGCUGAAAGAAAUCCUGCACACCCGUGAGAGCAUCAUUCUCUAAACGUGAACACAUCCCAACGUUAAACAUGGGCGCCUCGUACUCCGAAAACCCACGAGCCAAAUGUCCUCAGAGAACUGUACCACGAGAAGAAAAGCCAAUGGCGGGACGCUCUAGGGACGAUUUAGGUUCUCUCAGCCCCGCCGUGAGGAAGAGCAGGCCCGGCGCCCUCUGCUGCGCCCGGGGAGCAGCGGCUGCGCGGAAUGGAAGGCACAGGGGACCG